AUGUCAGAAGAACGAGGUGUAGACUGGGAUACAUAUCAAAAGUUAGAAGGGUAUGUACAAAACCAGUUAGAAAAUAUUCAAAAAGGAGUAAAACAAAUCCAUCAUGGUGAAAAGUCAAAUAAUAUUGAACUUAGCAAAGUGGCUAUCAGUGAUAUGACUACUUUGUAUGAAUCUUUUAAACUAUAUUUAGUGAAAGAAGCCUUAGAAGUUUCUGAUGAUGAAUAUGAUGAGUUGGUUAAAGCAUCAAAAGAUGAAUUAUUUGAGUUUGAUUCUUAUUAUUAUAUAGUUCGUGUUUAUGUAAGAAACAUCAAUAACAACAAUGAUAAUUAA